UGAUUUUUUUAUUUGCCAACAAGUCAAAUGAAUUUUCAAGUUUUCUUCGUAAAUAAAUCGCUUUUCUCCGGUUCUGAUUUUGUGCAAUUGAUCGAAUAAAAAUCAAGGAUAAAAUCCUAGCCGCCAUGAUCAAGCUGGAAUCGCUCGUGGAAGACUGUGACAUCAGCACGCAGGAGGGCAUCGAGGAGGCCUGCCGGAGGAUCGCUUCCAGGGAGAAAGAUGUCGACUCCCGGCUGGAGGAGAUUCUGUCCCAGCAGUGCCAGUUGGAGGGUAAAAUGCGUAACAUCGGGCUGGCGCUGGCCGGGUUGGGCGUGGUCGGGGACAAGACGCGCAAUCUGUCCACCCAGAUUGACCACACGUCCCAGCUGGCGGAGAAGGUUAGCGCGAAGGUGCGCCGGUUGGACGAGGCUCGCAGCCGGGUUUCGGAGUGCCAGCAGCGGGUGCACGAUUUGAUUGAUUUGCAGCUGUGCAGCCAGGGCGUCAUAACGGCUAUUAAGGAGGAGGACUUUGAGAAGGGGGCGGUGCAUGUUAAUCGGUUUCUGGCGAUGGAUAAGAACCUGCUGCAGAAGACGGCGGACGAUGUGUCGGGGUCGGUAACGUCGGUCAGUAAGGCGGUUUCGACGCUGGAACAGGCGGCGACGCAGAUUCGGCAGGUUGUGAAUUUGAAGUUUGACGAAGCGGUUAAGAAGGACGAUUUGGCUUCGGUGGAGCGGUUCUUUAAGAUAUUUCCUUUGCUCGGGAUGCACGACGAGGGGUUGGCCAAGUUUAUGACGUAUAUUUGUACGAAGCUGCAGGCGAAAGCGCAGAAGGAGCUGCGCUCGUCAAUGGACAUUGCCAAGGCUGAGAAGCGUACGACGGUUGCGUAUUCGGACACGUUGACUGUGCUGUUGGAGAACAUUGCCCGAGUCGUUGAAGUCAACCAGGCGAUUAUCGAGAACUGCUACGGUGCGGGUCGGUUGGUGCCGGUGAUUGCCAUUUUGCAACGUGAGUGCGACGACGAGGUCGUCAAGUUGGUGUUGGAGUUCAACAAGAAUCGGCAGAUUGGCCGGCGAGUGGCGCAGAUCAAUGACUUUAUCAAAAACUCCGGGAAUACGGCGGCCAUGGGACAUUAUCGGAAGCCGUCGGGUGGCGGUUCGAUGGACAAGCUGAACGCGAAGGACAUCGACGCGUUGAUUGGAGAGAUUACGAUUAUACAUUCCAGGGCGGAGCUUUACGUAAAGUUUAUCCGGCGGAGAUGUGCGAAUGACCUCGAGAAGAGCUCCCUCGACCAGGAGGCGAAAGACGGCAAGCUAAACGAGUUGAACGAAAUCCUGCAAAAGAGCCGCCUGAGCACGCAAAUGCAGGAAGUUCUUGGAACCUACCUUCUCUUUGAACGCUACUUCAUGGAGGAAAGCGUCUUGAAAGCGAUCGCCCUGGACAAUCUGGAACAAGGGCAGCAAUGUUCCAGCAUGUUGGAUGACGUGUUCUUCAUCAUCCGCAAGUGCAUUCGUAGGUCAAACGGGACGCAAUCGCUGGACGGAAUCUGCGCCGUGAUCAACAACGCAGCCAGCUGUCUGGAGCAAGACUUCCUCAACGCCCUCAAAUCCCCCCUAAAAGCAGGUUAUCCCACCGGUUACAUGGACCUCGCCCAGUCCGCGCUGCAGAGCUCAAUCCAACAAGGCCGACUCCAAACCAGCGACGUCGAUCAAGCCCGUACCAAGUUCAUAACCGCGCUGAACAACGCCGACAUGUCCACCGAGUUCAUCGAAACCCUUUACUCCGCCAUGGCCGACGAAAUCAAGCUCAACUUCCCCGCCAUGACGAGUCGCGAAAAGGAAAAGCUCGAAAGUUGUCUCUCGCUGCUAAAAUCCGUCGGCGACUCCCUCAAAGCCCUCGUCGACUUUGGCCUGCAGCAACUCCGCACCGCCGCCAUCAAACCGCGCCUCCACCCCUGGGUCGAUCAGUUCAUCGCCCACAACCACAACCUCACCGAGGAGGAACUGGCCACGUACGAAGCCGGAGAAACCUUCAUCCAGUUCCUGAUCGUGCAAAUCGACGGCAUGCUGACCAUGUUCAAGGCCUCCCUCACCCCGCGCAAUUACGACGCCCUCGUCAGCAUCGUAACGACGGAAAUCACCGCCCGACUCGAACGCGCCAUCAAAAAGUCCACCUUCAACCGGCUCGGCGGACUCGUCCUGGAUCAGGAGGCGCGCGCGCUGGCGUCGUUUCUAACCGGGGCCACCUCCUGGUCGGUGCGCGAUAAACUGGCCAAGCUGCUGCAGCUGGCCACGAUUCUGAACCUGGAGAGCGUCGCCGAGCUGCCCGAGUACUGGGAGUCGUCGUCGGCGACGUGGCGGUUGACGCCGAGCGAGGUGCGGACCGUGCUGGCGUUGAGGAUUGACUUUAGAAUGGAGGACAUCAAGAAGUUGAGGCUUUGAGGUACGUACUGUUACUAGAAUUCUUAUGAAUAAAGUUAUAAUAUAUAAUAUAUAUUCUCUACGGUAUUGCACAUAAUUCAUAUUAAUAUAUGUUAGGCGCUUAU